GUUUUAAAAGUUUAUCCUUUCGUUUCCUAUCAACUAGUUCGGAAUAUCAGCAGCACUCCAGCUCAAAAGUCAAAGGUUGAAGGACUCGCAGAAGUCACAGUCUUUGGGGCAUGGAUGUGCAUUCAACAGUCGUCGACCUGGAAGACGUGGAGCUGGGAUUGGAUUGGAGUGUCGAUUCGGUUAGGGGCCGGGAUGGCCACGUUUGGGCCAAGUUACGGCAGCUGCAGAGUAAUCAUGUGUGGAUUCGGCAGCAGCUGACGCACCUGCAACGCCGCCUGGUUACCCAGGAGUUGGAGAAGCAGCGGAGCGCCUACGCGGCAAAGGACAAGUUGCAAGGGACUUUGCGCCAGCUGCAGCUUAAAUACGGUCGCAACUGGAGUCUCUAGAAUGGGAGUUUGAAAGCUGUUUAAAAUGAGAAAUUAUUCAUAUCAUUAUUUGAAGAUUUAAAUUUAUUAACAAUGCCUUAAAGCCAUAA